AUGCCACACAUGGAAAUCAGCGAAGAUCCGAUGGAAGCUCUUGAGCAUCCCCCUUUCUGGCAACGAUACAUCCGCACUCAAAACAUGCGCAUGCAUAUGGUUGUCAAUGCAGGGCGAUACUACGAUGUUGUGGGUCCCUGGCAUGAUGGUGAUGUUCGUGUCAUGAAGGUUUAUGUGGCUCAGAAGGCACAGGCAUUGGCCAUAAUGCUUCGUGAAGGGUACAUUCCAGACCCGCAAACUGAUGAGCUGAUCACGGAGCAGGUGGGAGCAGCUCUUCAAAAGGCAGAAGCACCAGACAGCAGCUUCUGUGAGAUUUGCAUACAUCUGAGAGAGAAGCCAUGGCAACAGGUGGAUGAAGCUCAUGCCACUGACAAUUCCAAAGGUCGUUUGCGGAGAGGAAUGUUGGAUGAAAGUAUUGGCAAGACACGGCAUACAGCUGCGGAUGCUGAGGCUACAGCCAUCAUUGCAGGAGCUGAAUUUUUGCUUGCCAAGCAAUGCACCUCAAACAUGAAGAUCUUCUUCCAUUAUGAUGCCCGGGCAGUUGGACAUGGAGCAUGUGGCACACAGAAGGUGGUAUCGCACACGGAUGAUUAUUCUGACAGGCAGCAAGCUGCCCGUAUUCUCCUGUCUAUUUUGCAACAACGGGCUGAGGUUGUGAAAGGUCUUCAUGUGAAAGCGCACGAUGGUCAUCCAUGGAAUGAGUGUGCUGACAGCAUUGCUGGGUUGGUAUGCAGUGGAUGGCAACCCCCAAUCCAGGCGGAGUUGCGCUCUGGAAAGCUGCUGUCGAAUGCCCUGCGGGAAUGGGCUUGGGUCGAAGCAGCACCAUCGGAUGGUAUGCCUUCUCUGGAGAUCAUUUUGCACAAUGAGAGAGCGACGGAUCCGACUCUAAAUCUCCAGAAUGGGAAAGGGGAUCAGGCCAAAUCUCGUCCUUUUUUGGACGAAACUCAGGAUGAUCUUUGUCAAGUUCACCAAGUACGUUUUGCAACUGCUAACGUGGGCACGAUGGAGUACAAGGGUGGAUCUGAAUGUUGCAGUGUCAAAGCGAAUGAGCUUUUGAGGCAAUGUCAGCAUGAAGGCAUACAUAUUUGUGCCAUUCAGGAGUCCAGAGCUUCAACUUCCAGGAUGGUCAUGAAUGGACCCUUCACACGCUUUAUUGCUGAAGGCAACAAGGGUCAAGCUGGAGCGGAGUUAUGGUUGAAAGUGGAGGAGAUCUCAAAAAUUUUCCAUUGCAAUUUCCACCCUGAAAAGGAUGUCUGCAUUUGGCACAGCUCGGAACGCAUUUUGGCAGCGAGAUGCCAAUUUGGGAAGCACUCCUUGGAAAUUAUUGUCUUCUAUGCCCCACAGCGUGGAAGAGGAAUACAAGAACAAGAAGCAUGGUGGACACAUUUCAAGAAUGUUUUACAGAACAGAGACAUGCGAGCAAGGCUUUUCAUUUUGGGUGAUGGGAACUGUAGUGUUGGAAGCAUUGAAGAUGGAGCUGUUGGUUCUUUGGCAGCGGAUAUCGAAGAUGAAGGAGGAAGGCACCUUCAUGACAUCUGCACCCAAGAGAAUUUGAUGAUUCCUUCCACCUUUGAUCAAUGGCACAAUGGGCAAACGCAUACUUUCAUCAGUACGAAAGGAGGGCGAUCGAGAAUUGAUUUCAUUCUCAUUCCUCAGGAGUGUGCUGCAAAUGUGGUCAGAUCAUUUGUCAACCUUGAUUUGGAUUUGAUGAAUGGAGAUCGAGAUCAUCUUGCCUUAUGCCUGGACUGUGAGAUUAUGGUUGGCGAGAAAGGAGUGGUCAGGCGCUUCAACAGGCAUCGGCUGUACAAUCGUGGUGAGGCUCGAAAGCAGCAACAGCAGCAAAAUAUUCGAGAUGUGAUUGACGGCUGUCCAGUUGCAGAUUGGUCGACUGAUAUGAAUGACCAUUGGGACAUGGUCCGCCACCAUUUUCAAAUGAAAGCCAAAGCCCUUUUUCCAUGCCAAAAAAGACAGCAGAGACAGUUGCAUUUUUCUUGCGAAGCUUGGGAUGUCCUUUGCAAUCGCAAGGAAAUCCGAAAACAAUACAGAGAAUUACAGAGAGGAAAGAAUCUCAAUUUGCUGAAAGCGAUGUGGCACUCAUGGAGGUGUGCAGCUGGACAAACCAUGGAGGAAGUGGAUUUUCGCAUGCCGCUUCAUUUGCUCAGAUGUCAGGAAGCUAUCACCUAUGAGGCACGCAUGAAGGCAGAUAGAGAUUUCAAAGCAAUCAAAAGGAGAGAUUGGAGAAAGUGGAUUCAGAAACAGGUGAAUGAAAAGGUGACGGCAGCCCAAGGGGUGAAGUCGUCGGAGUUGUUCAAAAUCUUGCGGCCCAAGCAGAUGAUUGCAAGAAGUGCUGGCAAGCUCAUCAGACACCUCCCGGGCCUUAUUGGACAGGAUGGGCAGUUCAAAAGGGACCGUGAUGAAGUUGCUGUGGAGUGGCAAGCGCAGUUUGGAGGCAUUGAAAAUACAGAGGAGGUCUCUGUGGCAGAGCUGCUGAACAGAUCUUGUCAACAAUGUUUUGAGCAGCGCACUGGAAAUGACCUUUUGCAAGUGCCGACCCUUUACCAGUUGGAAGGGGCCAUUCGUGCGUUACAAGCUGAGAAAGCUCCAGGUUUGGAUGACAUUGGAGCAGAAUUACUUCAAGCUGAUCCGAGCAAGGCUGCUCAAAAGCUCUUUCCACUUCUGCUGAAAGCAGCUGUGAGAGGGCAAGGUGUCAUGGAAUGGGCUGGAGGAUGCUUGCUCCCUCUUUUCAAAGGGAAAGGCAACCCACAGAGAAUGGGGGGAUAUCGUGCAAUUCUCCUGGAAUCAGCUGUGUCCCGAGCAAUGUCAAAAGCCUGGCGACCAAGGCUCACAGCAGGUCUUUCACAGGUUGCUCGGCCGAUGCAAUGGGGUGGAAGACCAGGUUUGUCUAUUGAAGCUUUGCACUUACACAUCCAUUUCUGGAAACGGAAUGCGAAAAGAAGGCGGGUUUCUCAUGCUGUUAUUUUCCUGGAUAUCAAGGCUGCAUUCUAUUCCGUGGUCAAACAAAUGGUGGCAGGAAAGACAAAGGGGAUGCAGGACCUUGACAAAGUUUUCAGCAGGAUGGGGUUACCAGAACACAUGAGAGAAGACUUUUUACAGCAGACAGGGAAUGUCAAUCUCUUGCAGGAAGCCACGAGCUCUUCGCUGGUAGCCGGAAGUAUGGCGGCUAUGCUGGGGCAUACUUGGUUCAUCAUCCCGGAAGCCAAAUCAAUCCAAGCGCCUAUGACAGGCUCCAGGCCUGGAGAUCCCAACGCAGAUGUGUUGUUCUCGCUGGUGCUGGCGAAAAUGUUGAGAGACAUUGAACAGAAGGCGAUGGAACAGGGAUUGGAACUUUCCCAUGAAACUGUUGCUGGGGAUGUCUCAGAUGUGGUUACUUGGGUUGAUGACAUUGCGUUUUCCAUCACAGGAGGGGCACAUGUUUUGGUGGACAAAACAAUGCAACUGCUCACAAUUGUCCAAGACACUAUGUUGGAGCAUGGCCUUUCCCUGUCGUAUGGUGUUGGGAAGACAGCUGUCAUGUUCUCAUUCCAUGGAGAAGGUGCAAUUGCAGCAAGGCAGGAGACGGAGCAGAAAUAUCAGGAUGGGUUACCACUUCUCAGUGAGUACAAGGGCCAAGUCAAGAUUCCCCUGGUUAGCCAUUAUCGAUACCUUGGAGGUUUCGUGGUCAGAUCGGGUUCACGUCUGCCAGAACUUCGGGUGAGGACAGCAGGAGCUAUGGCUAAGCUCAAACCUUUGAGGCGGGUCCUCACUCAUCCUGAUUUGCUACCUGAGCAGAGAAGCAGACUGGUGAAAAGUUUGGGGUUAUCUGUCUUCACUUUGCAUGCUGGCACACUAUAUGCUCUCACACAGGGAGAAUUUCGUCAGUGGCAGGCAGGGAUAUACAAAAUUUAUCAGUGUAUACACCAGCGUACACAAGAAGGUGAUGUGCAGCACUUUACAUUGUACCAGCUGGUGAACAUGUUGAGAUCACCUAUGCCGAUGGAGCUCAUUCAUCUCAGCAGGUUGCGUCUACUUGCACAUAUCAUUAAAGCUGGGGAUGCACCUAUGAUUGCUGCUGUCAUUGAGAAUCAUGAGAUUGAGAGGGACGAGUCAUGGUUGCAAGCGGCCUUCAGCAGUCUUCGAUGGUUGACACAGCAAGUUGGGGAGGAAAAUGUACCUGAAGAAUUUUUCCAGCUUGACCAAGCGCAGGUUUGGGCUUGGUUCAGACCAGGAGCCAUGGAGUUCAAAGGCCUGAUCAAAAAGGCGGAGUUGGCACAUCUCUGCAAAAUCGAAUCAUUUUGUGCUUUACAUCAACAAGCCAAAGAGCAGGACCAGAUCCUGAAGGAGAUGGGGUGGACCUACAAUGGUGAUGAUGAAGAACAAGGUACACAGGAUGCCAAUUUGUUUUCAUGUGAUGAAUGUGAUGCAUACUUCACACUCGCAUCAUCAUUAGCGGUUCAUCAGCAAAAGAAGCAUGGUAGACGGGUUGCUCUGCGGAGGGUGGCAUGUGAUGCUGCGUGUAGAGCAUGUGGCCGUUUUUAUCACACCAGGCCAAGACUCAUCAAGCACUUGCAGACAGCUCAAUCAGGUUGUUGGCAAUUUCAUCUCAGAAACUACGUUCCCAUGACGGAAGAGGCCACUUUGCAACUGGAUGAAAGGGACUGCAGAUUGGGUGUUGCCACACACCAAAAAGGCCUCAUCGACCAUUGUCUGGAUCAUAGAUGGCGUUGGUGUACUGAGCAGGAAAAAGAGAAUGGCAUGGCCUUGAAGCAUUCAGAGGUGCAAUGCGAAGGUGAACCCUCACAGCAUGAGCUCCAGGAGUGGGCUGAACUUGGGAUGUUGCCACCGGGACAAGGUGGACGUGCUCGAACCAAGAGGCUUAGCAAGUUCUGGGUUGUUCACAAUGUGGGGUAUGAUGCAACGGCCUUGGAACAACAACUGGUGGACAGAGUCCAAAAGUGGGCUCCCAACCAUGAUUGGAUUCCAAGAGGGCCAGCAGAGGGUCGAAGGUUUUCGCCAUCGAUAUGA